UUUCAGUUUUUAUUAAUCAGUCAUGAAAGAUACACAGAAGAUUAACGACAUUUCUACAAAACUUGUAGUAAAAUAUGGAGACAAUAAGUAUGACUUGACAAAAUUCAUAAGGAUCCAUCCUGGUGGUGAAAAUAUUUUGAAGUAUAAAAAUAAUAAGAACAUUGAUUUAGAAUUUGAUAACUCAAAUCAUUCUGAGGCUGCAAAAAAUUUGUUAAAAGAAUAUAAAUUAGAAACAGAAGUGGAAAGAGAUGAAGGAAUUGAGAACUUAGUUGACUGGAAUAAAGCAAUGCUCCCACAAAUAUCAAAACUUGGUGACAAUUAUGAAAAAUGGGUAAAUUCGCCCGUCGAUCGAGACUUGAGACUCUUUAAAAGUGAUUUUUUGGAGUUAAUCACAAAGUCAACAUGGUAUAUGCCUUUAUUGUUCUGGAUUCCAAUUAUAAUUUACAUAAUUAAAAAUGAGCUGGCAUUGCAAGAAACUAAUCAAGUGUUUUUUAAAGUAUUUACUCAGUUAAUAAUUGGAAUAUUCUUGUGGACAUUAUUCGAGUAUGUUUUACAUCAAUUUUGUUUUCAUAUUGAUGUUCGUCGAUUUCCAGACUUGAAAACUUUUCAUUUCUUCAUUCAUGGAAAUCACCACAAAGUUCCUUUUGACAAAUAUCGAUUAGUUUUUCCACCGAUUCCCGCAGCUGUAAUAGCUUCUCUUGUGUUUUAUAUUCUACAAUUCCUUCAUUAUCCAAAGCUAUCUUUUGCAGGGAAUCUGAUUGGAUAUUUAUGCUAUGACAUGACUCAUUACUAUAUUCAUUUUGCAAGUCCAACUAGCAAUUACUUUUAUAACUUGAAAAGACACCACAAUGAUCAUCAUUUUAGACAUCAUGAUAAAGCUUUUGGAAUCAGCAACACUUUUUGGGAUAACAUUUUUUCUACUAAGGUUUUGUUGAGUAGAUUAAAGUAUCGAAUUCAGUGGCAGAAGUAGGAAUAGUUUGAAGAUAUUUUGGAUGAAUUAUUUAAUAAAAAAUAUAUUUCGG